UAUUGCUAAGAUUCCAUGUUCAUAGUAGUUCAGAUCGCCAUAGUUAGCUUAUCCCUAUCCUUUGUGGACGCUAACCUUGGCGUGUAUCUGUGCAAGAGGACCAGCAAGGAGAUAGACGGAUGUCAACGGAACGGUUACAGACCAGCUUUGAUGAGGAACUGUUAUCCAGGAGGGAUCUCUGGGACCAGGGUGAUGUCGAGAAGGGAGCGCAGGAAAUGCUUGAAAAUUGAGAAAAUUGCAGUGAACAUGUGUAACUUACAGUGUUCUUCAGGUUCACUGAGAAGUAAAUCAGUCACACAAAAAAGAAAGCGAUCUGCAGAUGUGUCACAAUCGCCACUGAGACAAAAAAUUGAAGGAGAAAUAACAUUGAAAUCCGCUGAAUCGUCCGUAAUCCUGCGACAUUACGACCCCGAACUGGGAAUAGACGGAGACAUGGACACCUCAGCUAAAUUUGUUUCUGACGAGAACACAUUCUGGUACAAAGUACACUUCCAAGAUACCCGCUGUGUCGCCCAGGUUCUGAGUCUGGACGCGGGUAUCUACACCCAUACCUGGAACUGCACUGAGAGGGGUUGUGAUGAUACGUGUGGAGGGGUGAUGUGCAGGUAUGUUGAUAUAACAGUCCUCAACGAGGGUGACGGAACCGGAGAUAUGAUGUUGCCCCGUAAUUGUGGGUCUGGAGUCAAGGUGUCCAUUUCAAGACAUAAUGCCAGGGAGUUGGGAUAUGAUUUCUUUGAAAUCGCAGAAUUGGCUGUGAUUGGACGGGAUUGCCAUCAUCUAGUUCUGAGACAAGCUGUUGGACCAGUUUCUUUGAUAUCUGCUGAAUCGUCAACCAUUCUUCGUUACAACGAUCCUGAGCUUGGGAUUGACGGUAAAAUGGACACUUCUGCAAAGUUCGUAUCCGAUGAGGAUUCUUUCUGGUACCAAGUACACUUUGAUGAUAUAUAUUGUGUAGAUCAAGUAAUGAGUUUGGAUUCAGAUAUCUACACUCAUACUUGGACCUGCAUGGAAAGUGGUUGUGGUGAUCCGUGUGAGGGAAGAAUGUGUAAAUAUGUAGAUGUCACUGUUCUGAACGAAAGUAAUGUAGACGAAAACGAAAACAUGUCAUCAAGAUCAAGCUCUUGUGGGAAAUUUUCGUCUACUAAUAUCCCUGCAAACUGUGGAGACGGAGUCAGAAUAUCCAUCUCGAAAGAAAACGCUAAAACUUUGGAUUACGACUUCUUUGAGGUUUCCGAAUUUUCCGUAACUGGUCGCAAACAAGCUCUGAAACCACAAGUCAAAGAGGAAAUCCAAGUAACAUCUGCUCAAUCAUCUGUGAUACUAUACGACCUGAUGUCUGAACUCGGAAUAGACACUCCUCGCAGAUACAUAUCAGAUGACAUUUCAUCCUGGUAUAUCCGAGUAGAUUUUGGAGACAAAUACUGCGUGGAUAAAGUAUUGAGUAUAAAAGGGGCUGCCGACACUCACAGUUGGGAGUGCUCUGAGGAUGGUUGUGGAAUGUCUCCGUGUAAGGGGUCCAGGUGUAACGACCUUGAAGUGUCCGUUCUCAACCUGGAUCUACAAGAGGAUCUACCUGCUAAUUGUGGGAACGCGGUUAGGAUAUCUAUACCUCAAACAGAUGGUAAACUGUUGGAUUUUGAUUAUUUUGGAAUCUCUGAGAUAGCAGUGACUGGACAAAUUUAUGUCGGGCCAACGCCCACUUCCGUGUAUCAAGACGAACCGGGCGCCCUCUGCUUAGAAUUUGGUCUUAGACAAACUGUUGGAAAAGUAGAGCUCAAGUCUGCUGAAUCUUCAACCAUUCUUCGUUACAACGAUCCUGAGCUUGGGAUCGACGGUAAAAUGAACACCUCUGCAAAGUUCGUAUCCGAUGAGGAUUCUUUCUGGUACCAAGUACACUUUGAUGAUAUAUAUUGUGUAGAUCAAGUAAUGAGUUUGGAUUCAGAUAUCUACACUCAUACUUGGACCUGUAUGGAAAGUGGUUGUGGUGAUCCGUGUGAGGGAAGAAUGUGUAAAUAUGUAGAUGUCACUGUUUUGAACGAGAAUCGUCACAAUGCAUUAACAGAAAUAUCAUCCAAAUCUUGUGGUGAUUUGUCAACUUUUAAGAUUCCAGCAAACUGUGGAGAAGGGGUAAAAAUAUCGAUAUCAAAGGAAAACGCCAAAACAUUGGGUUAUGACUUUUUUGAGGUUUCCGAGUUUUCUGUAACAGGUCGAAAACAAGCUGUGACGCCACAAAUUAAAGAUGAAAUUCAAGUAACAUCUGCUCAAUCAUCUGUGAUACUGUACGACCUGAUGUCUGAACUCGGAAUAGACACUCCUCGCAGAUACAUAUCAGAUGACAUUUCUUCCUGGUAUAUCCGAGUAGAUUUUGGAGACACAUACUGCGUGGAUAAAGUAUUGAGUAUAAAUGGAGGAGAAACCACUCACAGUUGGGAGUGUUCUGAGGAUGGUUGUGGAAUGGCUCCGUGUAAGGGGUCCAGGUGUAACGACCUUGAAGUGUCCGUUCUCAACCUGGAUCUACGAGAGGAUCUACCUGCUAAUUGUGGGAACGUGGUUAGGAUAUCCAUACCUCAAACAGAUGGUAAACUGUUGGAUUUUGAUUAUUUUGGAAUCUCUGAGAUAGCAGUGACUGGACAACUUUAUGUCGGGCCAACGCCCACUUCCGUGUAUCAAGACGACCCUGACGCUCUCUGUUCAGUAUUAGCUCUUAGACAAACUGUUGGAGAAGUAGAGCUGAAAUCUGCUGAAUCUUCAACCAUUCUUCGUUACAACGAUCCUGAGCUUGGGAUCGACGGUAAAAUGGACACUUCUGCAAAGUUUGUAUCCGAUGAGGAUUCUUUCUGGUACCAAGUACACUUUGAUGAUAUAUAUUGUGUAGAUCAAGUGAUGAGUUUGGAUUCAGAUAUCUACACUCAUACUUGGACCUGUAUGGAAAGUGGUUGUGGUGAUCCGUGUGAGGGAAGAAUGUGUAAAUAUGUAGAUGUUACUGUUUUAAAUGAGAAUCGUCACAAUGCAUUAACAGAAAUGUCAUCCAAAUCUUGUGGAGACUUAUCAUAUCUAGAGUUACCAGCAAACUGUGGAGAAGGGGUAAAAAUAUCGAUGUCAAAAGAAAACGCCAAAACAUUGGGUUAUGACUUUUUUGAGGUUUCCGAGUUUUCUGUAACAGGUCGAAAACAAGCACUUAAGCCACAAGUCAAAGAGGAAAUUCAAGUAACAUCUGCUCAAUCAUCUGUGAUACUAUACGACCUGAUGUCUGAACUCGGAAUAGACACUCCUCGCAGAUACAUAUCAGAUGACAUUUCUUCCUGGUAUAUCCGAGUAGAUUUUGGAGACAAAUACUGCGUGGAUAAAGUAUUGAGUAUAAAUGGAGGAGAAACCACUCACAGUUGGGAGUGUUCUGAGGAUGGUUGUGGAAUGGCUCCGUGUAAGGGGUCCAGGUGUAACGACCUUGAAGUGUCCGUUCUCAACCUGGAUCUACAAGAGGAUCUACCUGCUAAUUGUGGGAACGCGGUUAGGAUAUCUAUACCUCAAACAGAUGGUAAACUGUUGGAUUUUGAUUAUUUUGGAAUCUCUGAGAUAGCAGUGACUGGCCAACUUUAUGUCGGGCCAACGCCCACUUCCGUGUAUCAAGACGAACCUGGCGCUCUCUGUUUUGAGUUAGCUCUUAGACAAACUGUUGGAGAAGUAGAGCUCAAGUCUGCUGAAUCUUCAACCAUUCUUCGUUACAACGAUCCUGAGCUUGGGAUUGACGGUAAAAUGGACACUUCUGCAAAGUUUGUAUCCGACGAGGAUUCUUUCUGGUACCAAGUACACUUUGAUGACAUAUAUUGUGUAGAUCAAGUAAUGAGUUUGGAUUCAGAUAUCUACACUCAUACUUGGACCUGCAUGGAAAGUGGUUGUGGUGAUCCGUGUGAGGGAAGAAUGUGUAAAUAUGUAGAUGUCACUGUUUUAAAUGAUUAUAAACACAGCACAUUUACAAAAUUUUCAUCGAAAUCUUGUGGGGAUUUGACAUCUGUAGAUAUCCCAGCAAACUGUGGAGAUGGGGUCAAAAUAUCGAUAUCAAAAGAAAAUGCCAAAACAUUAGAUUAUGACUUCUUUGAGGUUUCCGAGUUUUCAGUGACUGGUCGCAGGCAAACACUACGAACGAAAGUCAAGGGAGAAAUUCAAGUAACAUCUGCUCAAUCAUCUGUGAUACUAUACGACCUGAUGUCUGAACUCGGAAUAGACACUCCUCGCAGAUACAUAUCAGAUGACAUUUCUUCCUGGUAUAUCCGAGUAGAUUUUGGAGACACAUACUGCGUGGAUAAAGUAUUGAGUAUAAAUGGAGGAGAAACCACUCACCGUUGGACUUGUGCCAAAUUAGAUGGCUGUGAAACGUGCGUGGGAUCCAGGUGUAAACAAAUACGAGUCUCCGUUUUAAACGAUGAAUCUCUAGGUGCAGAUUUGCCGGCUAAUUGUGGCGCUGCGGUUAAAAUAUCGAUUCCAGAGGCGGAUGGGAAGGUGCUGAACUUUGAUUAUUUUGGGGUAUCGGAGAUUUUGGUUAUAGGUCGGCAGUUUGUUCCUGAACUUGUAACCAGACAGAAACUUAGGGCUGUGCCGAUGAAAUCUGCUGAAUCUUCAACCAUUCUUCGUUACAACGAUCCUGAGCUUGGGAUUGACGGUAAAAUGGACACUUCUGCAAAGUUUGUAUCCGAUGAGGAUUCUUUCUGGUACCAAGUACACUUUGAUGAUAUAUAUUGUGUAGAUCAAGUGAUGAGUUUGGAUUCAGAUAUCUACACUCAUACUUGGACAUGCAUGGAAAGUGGUUGUGGUGAUCCGUGUGAGGGAAGAAUGUGUAAAUAUGUAGAUGUCACUGUUUUGAACGAAAGCAAUGUAGACGAAAGCAGCAUUGAAGAUGAAAAUAAAAUCAUGCGUGGUAAUUGUGGAAAUGGAGUUAAAGUUUCGAUAACCAAAGAAAAUGCCAAAAAGUUGGGGUACGAUUUUUUCGAGGUGUCGGAGCUUGCUGUAUUUGGACGUCAGUUAGUUCAGAGACAAAAGGUGAACGGUGAAAUAGAGAACCUAUCCGCUGCACAAACCAUCACCCUUAAAGAUCUUAGUUCUCAUCUUGGGAUCAAGGCAAAACGGAGGUACAUAUCUGAUGAGAUUUCCUUUUGGACCCUAAAGAUAACCUUUCAAAACGUUCACUGUGUUGAUAAAGUACAAAGUUUCGACGAAAAUACCAAAACUCACAGCUGGAACUGCUUUGUAGAUGGUUGCAACACGCCGUGCCAGGGUCUCCUUUGUGAAAACACCGUAGUUUCAGUGACAAACAGGAAGCGUGACUCAGUGUGGCCAGCUAACUGCGGGGAUGGAGUCCAAAUAUUUAUAUCUCAAUCUGACUCGGACAUCAAGGUUUUGGAUUUUGAUUUUUUCGGGAUCUCGGAAAUUGUGGUUAUCGGCCGACAACUAGACACAAUUCAAAAUUCCGAUUUUGAAUUUUCUUGAGAUUGAUUUUAGAAUAUUUUACAUGGAUAAGAAUUGAAAUUGAAUGCGCAAAAUAUUUCAUUUUUUGAAUUCGAGCAAAAAUUGUUACUUUAAGUUUUAAUUAAACUACUAAGAGUAAGAAUAGGAGGUUAUAUUCUGAUUUCCAGUCGGUUAUUUUGGUGAAAAUAACACUGAUGAUACUGAUGGGUAUAUUAUUUUGUAAUACCCUAAUUUUUUACAUUGAAAUUU